UUAACAUUCAUCAAUAAAUAAUUUUGCGAAGAUAUGCCACGACAAUGGAUGAUUAUAUGUGCUCAACUUGCCGUACACAUUUCCGCUCUUCUGUGCUGCGUAUGUGCAGCGGAUAACAAGUAUGGAACGAUAUUAGUGGUAGGACCAGCUUUUGUAAACAGGGAGGUAACACUGAAAGCGACCCCGUCCUACCCUUGGGGAUGUGACGUAGAAUGGAAGUACAUAACUGUCGGGAACACAACAUUCCAAACAAUGAAUGGGACAAAUGUUAAUAUAUAUUCUGAUGAUACGUCAUUCCUUUUAAAAUGGACGGCUUCAAUCGAAUACAACGGAUCUUAUUUCUACGCUGGAUGUUCGACAAACGAAACAAUUCAAACAAGCAUGACAUCUAUAAAUAUGAAAGAUAUUGUUGGGCAAUGUGGAGCUCUCGUGCUUCUAAGUCCGAUUGUUCGCGGCGCGAACGUCAAACUUGGAUAUUUUCCGUCUGACUAUUUUUUACAACGCCAAACUAACACUACCCGAAAAUGGAUGAAAAACCUCCAGGACAUUGAGCUACAAGAAGGUUUUUAUGAGGAGAAAAUCGUUUCUGAAUUUUUGUACAUAUUGACUAUAUUUAAAUUCGAAGAAAGAAAUGAAGAGACGUAUGUUUUAAUUUGUUAUUCAUCAUACAAUGCGGAUUCUGUGCAGCUUCAUAUUCCAGAAAGUCCGGUUUACCCAGUUCUUGGUCCAAAAUCCCAUGACUUUAAUACAACAGACUGUAUUUAUGUUUAUGCUGUCUCUGACUUUUAUUGCAAAACUGAAAAUGGAACAGAACCAGUAGAGGUCGUACUUAUACUUGGCAAUGAUUCAUUUGUCCUUUCUGAAAGCGACGGGAACAAAGGAUUUUACCGAUACCAAAACGUGUGUCAACUAAUAGCUGGAAUGUCUAGACGGAAUGUUAUAUGUCAGGUUUCUUAUUUUUCCCUUGAAACGCCUGACGAAGCGCACGAGACAGGAAGCCUGCCUGUUAUAACAGUUCGUGAAUUAAUUCAUGGCGAAAGCUCUAUAUCUAUCUGUGAAGUGCGAAAUGUUAUUCCUGCUCCGAUAAUAGAAGUACACGUUGACAACAUCUUGCUUGGUGAUGUUCAACAAACUGAUACAUUUAAUGAAUCAUCUCAUACUUUUACAAGUUCAGCAAAGGUGACAAAGGCUAACAAAAUGUGGAAUGGAAAGAGAUGUGCUGCACCAGGAAAAGCAAAUAUGAUUUUGGUCCAAACAAUGUCUCAGUAUGCAAAACUGUCAGUAUGA